AUGGCUACAACUUCUGAAAAAAUGCAACAACAGUUUCCUAAUCUGAAAUGGAAUAAACUGCCUUCUCCAGAGGAACACUCAAAUUAUACUUGGCAUGGCUUUGAGCCCAACAGCAAACUCUUCUUGGAGAGGGGCCAUACUCGUUGGGCUGGCAGACUCCCAUUCCCCGUUGACACAAUUUUGGAAAGGGACGUGGCAGUGCCUAUACGCGACGGUAUCAGAAUUUACGCUGAUGUCUUCCGCCCGGCAAAUACAGACGCCAAAGAUAAAGUCCCUGCGGUCAUUGCGUUUAGCCCUUAUGGAAAGACGGGCACAGGAGUGCCCAACUACGACAUCAUGGGGCCCCACCACAUUGGCCUCAAGCUUGAGGAUACCUCUGGAUACGAAAAGUUCGAGGGCCCUGAUCCUGCUACUUGGGCAGAGUAUGGAUAUGCCAUAAUCAACGUCGAUGCUAGAGGUGCAGGGAAGUCUGAAGGCAACGUGGUUUUCUACGGGCCCCAGGAAGCCGAAGAUGUUUACGACACCAUCGACUAUAUAUCCAAGCAACCAUGGUGCAGCGGCUCGGUUGGGAUGGCCGGCAACUCGUGGCUAGCCAUCUCGCAAAUCAACUUUGCGUCACGUCAUGAGCAUCCAGCGCUCAAAGCCUUGGCUCCUUGGGAAGGCCGACACGAUGUGUAUCGUGAUACUCUUGGUAGAGGGGGGAGAAGACACAACCCCUAUCUGCAUAGAUUCCUCUUGUCUGGUUUUACAGGUACAAAUGCAGUGGAGAAUAUGCCAGAGAUGUUUUCCGAACGACCUUUUUAUGAUGAUUAUUGGGAGAGCAAGUAUAUACAUACAGAGAAUAUCAACGUCCCGAUCUACUUGCUGGGUUCCUUCCCUUCCCAGCUCCAUAUUCGAGGUUCUUUUCACAUAUUCCGCACAGCCAAGACGUCACAAAAGUGGCUUCGAGUCCAUCCAAAUGCAGAUCUCAAGAAGUUCUACGAUCGAUUCCUGAAAGGUAUCCAAAAUGGCUGGGAAGAGGAUACUCCUCCUGUUCGCUUGUCGCUUCUUGGAUUUGAAGCGGAUGGCAACCUCACCAAAUCCAUCGAAGAACAGCCUGAGAGAGAAUGGCCCUUGGCUCGACAACAGCUCAAGACAUUGUACCUCAACUCCGCAUCAAAGGAGCUCGUAUGGGAUAAACAGGCCACAGAGGGGUCGAUCACGCAUUUUGCCGAAGGUCUAACAGAUAAAUUUUACGUUCAUUUUAAACAACAUACGGAAAUAGCCGGAUACGCAAAAGUCAAGCUCUGGAUAUCGUGUAAGGAGCACGAUGACCUCGAUGUUGCCGUUCAGCUCCGCAAGAUCUCAGCUGACGGUAGACUGCUCGAACAUCUCAACUAUCCCUGCCCUUUGCCGGUCUCUGAGGUAAGAAAUGAUAACAUCGCCAAAUGUCUUGGCCCUCAGGGUUUCCUCCGUGCCUCACACCGAGUGACUAAAGAUGACAAGCUAUCAACGGCUCAAGAGGUGGUUUAUAAACAUGAUAAGCGGGAGCCGAUUCCUUUGGGCGAAGUUGUGAAUCUUGAAAUCACUCUUUGGCCAAUGGGUAUGGUAUUCGCACCGGGUGAGGGCAUCAUGCUGCGCGUGGCGGGAUACGAUAUGUGUUAUCCGGAUACAGACAGGGUCAAGCCGGCACAUGAUAACAACGAAAAUGUUGGCCAUCAUACAAUUCACACUGGUGGUAAGUAUGAUUCGCAAUUAAUCUUACCGUUUAUCUAG